UAACUGCAACGUCACGCAUGAGCCAAUUUCAAUUGCGACGCAGCUUCAGGCCGAACGCGGAGGAUUUUCGGAUUUGGACACGUCGAGUAUGAGCGGUAAGCUUGAAUACCUGGAAAAGUAUUCGAUAGCACCUUCGCCCAGCAGAGAUUACUACGGGUUAAGAGUGUCCAACGACCAGGUGACACUCUAUCUCUGGCGCAUCUCGCAUGGUCCUCACAAAACGCCCAUCGUACGAACCUCCGGUUUCGCCGAUUUCAAGCAAGAUCUGCGGCUGCAGGACGAAAUUCAACGUAUUUUUGGUGAAUAUUUGUUAAAGCACGUGGAAAACAUCACUUCCGGGAAAAAUACAUUAGUGACGUUACCGAAGUGUUUGAUCAGUAAAUUAAUAAAAUACCUCACGGUACAAGAUAUUACCAAAUUGACGUCCCUUUCUCGCAUCUGUAAGGAGGUAUUCGAUGACAAUUCUGUGUGGGAAACGUUGUACAAGAAAUACACGCCAGUAAUAAGAUACAAGCACGAAAAGUUCCACACUAUCGCAUGCAACUGGAAACAAUUAUUUCAACUAGCUCAGAUACAGGGAUUAAUGAACGAGCAAAAAAUGCUUCGAGCCCGAACGAACGUAAGACAGAAAUCAGCGAAUCCAAAGAUCGAAUCUUCGGCUAGGGCAAAUACAAGAAUGGAGAACCCUAUGAAACUCUCCAUUUCGAAUACUAAAAUAUCCUCGAAAGUCAUUCCACUCGAGAACCCAGCGACGAAGAAAGCAACGGAAAUCCCUCGCAGGAGAAACCCUCAGAGUUCAGUCUCGAGGAAAUUGUCCGAUAAUCGUCUGAACGAGUCCACGAUCGACGGAGAGAAGGUAACGUCAGACAAGAAGACACCCGUCCUAAAAUCGCUACAGGUAACCGGGCAGAAGAAUAUAAAAUCGCUGAAAGAACAGUCGAUCGUACGAAAAAUUGAGCCAAAGCGCGAAGUGGACAGCAAGGAUUCGAUCGGUACCAAAGUUGCGGAAACAAAGGUGAACAAAAUUCAGAGUAAAGCUAAAAGGAUCGACGCGAAGUCUAGCAACGUGAGCAUCAAGAUGGUGGACGAUAAGAUGGCGAACGUUAAAACGAAAAGUUUAGUUCCGACGAAGGUCAGCAGGACCGAGAAACCAGCGCCUCGUUCGAUUCAAGGGGACCAAGGUAAAGCUAAAUCGAAAGGCAAAACGAAGAAAAUCGGUCACAGCAAGUCAACAAUCCUGAGCACGAGCACAGAUAUUCUGAACGAUCGUUCUCCCGUGAAGGACGACAGCUUCGACCUGGCUGACUUGAUCGAGGCCAGCUUGAAGAACAUUCGUAGUCCGAGAAGCAUAUUCGAUUACGACUUCAGCUGCAUCGAGAAGCCAAAGUCAUGCGGUGGCGACACCAGCGCGCAGGAUAUCACUCGCAAGAUGGCGGACCAUCCGAGGGCUCUGAAGAGCGGGCAUGCCAAGGCGACUCUCGAUCGAUUGUCCGAGAAAUCUGAACCCCUUACCGCGAAAUCGAUAGAUUCCGUGAACAGAAGCGAACUGUCGCGUGGAUCUGUCACGCCUAAGUAUCCAAGAACGUUUAAUACGCAGUUGAAAAAGUCGACGGAAUUGAAUAAAAAUCGAUGCAACGUUACGGUACCGGAGGAGAAGGUGGACCUCUUUGAGAGAUACGGGAUUUACAGCAAAUAUCCAACGCCAAGAAUGCCCGAUAGCAUGGAAGCGAGGAAGCCUGUUCCACGGAAGGAAGUCGAUAAGAUGGCCUUGUUACGUUCGUUGGGAACGAAAACCUUGCACGGGAAGACCGUUGCUCCUAACAAUGCUGAGACCAUUCGAUAUGACUUGGGGAAGACGAUGAAUAACGUUUAUAAAUAUUUGUAAAUGUACAGUUGUUCCUUUUAAAUUGCAAUAAUUGUACGAUUGUGUUAGUGGUCGUUAUACACAUCGAGCGUAAGCACCGACAGCGUAUCAUGGAGACAAUACUUAAUUUUUGUAAGUUCAUCGCUUAAUAAAAUGAUUCUUCUGUAGUUUCGAAGAGUAUGUCAAGGCAGAGUAAUCGAGAAGAUUAAUUAACGAGGCUGUCUACUGAUUUAGAAAAUUAAAAUUUCGAAAUCUCGAGGAACUCGAA